UCACACUUAUAAUAUAACCUAAAUUUAUUGACAGGUUUUUGUCAUUUAUGUUUCUGUACUGCCUUGAUUCAGCUUUACCAAUUGUGAAUCUUAAAGCAUUUACUUUUUAGGGGAAAAUAUUAUGUCUUUUUCAUGCACUAACCUUUUAACCUGUUCAACUCACCUUUUUAACAGGUUAAUGAAUGAGAAAAUGAAAAAAUGCACAGUUUUGACUUACUGGGAAUUCCUUCUCUGCCUUAGUCAAUCUGAUAUAAUGAAAUUAUAGGAUGCAGGACUACAUUGUCAGCCAGAGGAGAAGAAAUAGUGCCCACCAAUCAAUGGGCAUGUAUGCCCAGCCUUCAAAUGGGGUGCAGACGGUGGUGACUACCGAGCCACCCGAGUCGGCCGGCGGCGGCCGCUCGUACGCCUUCUGGCUGCUGGUGGCCGUCGUGCUACUGGUAGCUGUGUUCAACCUGCUCAUCACGCUGACACUCAUCAGCGUGCUGCGCAUCUCGGUCGGCAUGGAGAGCGUCCAGUUCGUGGACGGGGGCAUGGUGCUGCCGGGCACCGUCAACCUCGACCGGCUCUACAAGCCCGACGGCAGCUUCAUCGGCUUCGACGGCGACCCGAUGACCGUCACCGGCGACGCGGGUCAGGUGGACCUCCUGGUUUCCGACACCCCGGACGCCGGGUUCGAGCCGGCUGAGAGCCAGCGCGUGCGCCUGUCCCCGUCCACCCGGGACUCCGCCAAGGCCAGCCACGGUGUGCGCGUGGAGGGCGUGCAGCGAGCGGCCGUGUUCGCCGCCGCCCCCGGCUCCUCGACCGGCGCAGCGCCCUUCUUCAGCACCGACUUCCCCAACUUCGGCCUGCCGGACGGUGUGCGCAGCCUGCACGUGCAGAAGGUGCACACCCGGCGCGUGGUCAGUCCCGUGGACCGGUCACUCAAACUGGAGGCGUCCACUCAGGUGCACCUGAAGGGCAGCGAGGGCACCUACAUCGACGGCAAGGAGAUCGUCAUGUCGGCCGAUCAGGAGCUCCACCUGAAGAGCGUCAACGGCAGCGUGGUGCUGCGCGCCGGCGCCGGCGUGGCGCUGGACGUGCGCAGCAUCCCAUGGGCGCAGGGCCGCGCCGGCGCCGCCGACAGCCAGGGCUCCUACCAGCUGUGCGCGUGCGUCCACUUCCCGCAGACGAGGCCCGGGGAGGGGGCGGCCAGCGGGCCGGCCGUGAUUGGCCGCCUGUUCCGGGUACACGUGCCGGCCGAGAGCGGCCAGCUGCCGACCGGUGAGCGGGUCACCUGCGGCCAGGCGGCGCUGCACGGCGACAACAACCCGUGCGUGUGAGCGGGGCCCGCCGACCGGGCUCCACAGCGACCGACACAGGGGCUUCCGAGGGAGAAAGGCGGCCAACGACUCAGAACAGGUGACCGUGCCCGGAUUUUGUGUCAACCGCAUCUAGUCACUAAUCAUUUAUCAUGUGAUAGCUUGAGCUUAGAUCUGAAAUGUCCUCGGUGUGUUUGUCUUGUGGUCUUUAAUGGUAGACUUGCUCCCUGUGGUGUGCCAAUAACAAGGCUUGUGUUACGAGGCAUCUACCCAAUAAUAUGCGGGAUUAAUGAUCCCAAAUGUGAAACAAGAAGUGAUCAUUUGAAUUGACCGAGUCGAGAUUAGUCUUUUUGAAACCUUCUCUCCGCCGUUAUACUGGUUUUCGAUUGAUCUACAUUCUACAACUGAUGUUCCCUUAUGUUCUACACGUUAAAUGUUGAACCUCUUAUAGUCAAUGUGUCACUGUCGCAGCAUUCGCAGCACAAUUGAAUUUGGGGCGAACCCCUAGUCCCCUACAUACAUAGAUCCCAAAUAUCACACCACGUCUCAGUGUCACAUUAUCCUCGCUUCCCAGCUACUUUGUAAGACUAACUCGUAUAUUUCACCAGGAUAAAUGCAUUCAUAAAUGCGCGGAUAGGUCACCUCGCGCAAGGAGUUAAUCUGCUAUAGCCAAGCUGCUCCUCAUAAGACUGUGUUUGAGCGCUAGUCAUGUCCCAUACUGAAAUCCUAGUCAUGUCUGAAUCGGAGACCCGUUUAUCGUGUAUUUUAGUUAGCUUCGUUUCGUUCAUCACAUAUUACUAUGUGAUGUGCCGUCUUAUACUCGUUGCCUCUGACGAAACGACGGCCAGUAGCAUUGAAGCUGCUGUAUCAGGGCCGCCUAGUACAUCUAACGAUACCAGUGUUAGCGCUGCUAGUAUGCCGUAUGCUGGUACUUGCAUACCCGUCUUUGGUUUUGCUGCACAAGACAGUGUCUAGUCUGUAUGUUUGUGACGUGAUGUAUUCGAUAAAGAUGAACGGUUUUAU